CAUUGUAUAUUUGUGCGAAUAAAACUCAAUGAAUGAAUAUAUCUGACAGCGAUGUAUAAGGUACAGUAUUAAUAUUACAGUAUUAGUAUUAAGGUACAGUUUAUACACAUAUGAGGAUAAUGUUCGAACACUUCCCACCCCCACCCACCUCCAACUCAAUGUAAGGGAAUCAUUCUGAGUUUUUUUAACUUUCAACUGGAUGAAUCUAUGAAAGUUUUCCCAAAUAGCACUGUUUCCAUUUUCUAUUUUAAUUCAUAAAGAAUCUCGCCACAAGACUAAAACAUGACAUUUCACAGUUCAAGAAUGGAAAAAGCAAGCCUUGCACAUAAAGAAAAAAAAAAUCCAGGGAUGUUAUGACAUAGUUAAGCUUCUAUUUACACCAGGGGACAUUGCCUUGGCUGUGUCAAUUCUAAUCAAACAGUAGUUGUGGGUUAAUGGAUGAGCAAGAAUAAACAAGAGCACUGCAUACAAAUUCUCUUACCACUACCUCCAUCUCAAAUAUGAGAAAAAUGACAAGAAACAUGCAUGUAAGGACUGACUUUUUAAAUAAAGAAUGUUGUGCAGCAUGACAAUGGUUUGUGUGAAAAUUAAAUAGAAAAUAAGUGCUUAACCCGAAUUUAGAAUUAGGGCCAUUUUGAUCAACCGUAUAAGAAUCCUUGGUAACAUUAGGGGUUGAAGUCUCUUUUUAGACACAACUGGUUCUGUAAACAUGAUCAUGCAAUGACAUUUUAGAAGACCAGGACCUGCUAACGUAUCGAGAUGUAUUUAUCAUUCAGGACUGUUAUAUUUAAAUUAAUCAUUAGAUGCAUGAAUGACAACAUCAAGCUGGUUACAUGAAAUGACAUCCGUGAUGCAUUAAAGCGGGAAGGAGACAACAAUAUUGUUGUAAUGCAGCGUGGAACAUGAGGUGAAUGGAACGUUUAAGUGGGUCAGGUUGGGAGGUAAAUUUGCUGCUGUAUAAUAAGGAUAGACGUGACUAUGCUUGGGAAAUCCCUGCACUUAAUACAUUGAAAACAAAUUGAAAGUUACUGUAAAUUGUUUAUUCAGCCGACUGCACUUAAGUAUAUUCCCAUUAAGCAACUUACUUUAAAACCCAAACUUACCUCUAUUAUUUCUAUAAACUCUCCAUCUCUUAAUUACACAAUAAAAUGUGUUUUUUUUCUAAUGAAGUAUAAUUUUUGCUGACAUGCUGUAACAUUUGUUUUGAAUUAUAUUUUCCUUCUGCCAAAGCCCGACUCAGUAUCAUACUUCAGGAUUCACAUUCUAAAUUGUCCUCAUUGUUAACAUGAAGCAAUGGGGAUCUAAGUUCCUCAUUAGACUAUUUAGUCUGGUAAAAUUUACUGUUUGGAUGUUCGCAAAUAUGUGUCCAUUUAGGAUCCGUAGAUAUCUGCUGGAUUCAGUCAUGGCUGGUAAAUGUGCUUCGUUUGCAACGACAGUGUUUGUCUAUGGGCUUGUAUUUUACAGGGAAACUGGUACAUCGGGAAGUAUCGAAUGUGCUUAAGUUGUCACCAAAUGUCAGUAACGUUUGCAUACCUCGGUGCACAAUACAGAACACAGCACACACAUAUAUACACAAGCAACACCGUGCGAAUUAGCCGAACAAGGUCAGAAGGCGACAAAGAGGCCAGGGCAAGUACAGUGGAAUUCUUACUACCAGGGCGGGAACUACAGGGCAAAUCGACAUGUCUUCUACUUUUUUGUAGAGCCACUGCUUACAAUAACUCAUCGUCCACUCUUAGGCUCAGAACGUUAAAUUAAUUAUCCCAAAGAGUUUGGUUUAACUGUUUCGAAUGCAUCGUUAUUAUAAGCGAUUUGCAACUUUCUGUGAUUCCUUCAAAUGAGUAGGAUUUUAACAAGUAGCUUUCAGGAAUAUCAUACUCAACCAUGGCUUCGGAGUAAUGAUUCAAAACAAAACAAAACAUUCGUUUCUGAAAAAAAGGAAACAUUAAGCCGUGAGCGCUGUCAAACUGUUGCCUGAUAAGGAAAAUUGAACACUUAGCAAAACCAGUUCGAAACAAUAUUCUAUAUUCCUCACUGGAACACUAUUGUGGCAAGGAUAAUGUAUUAAACAGCUUUUUUAAAAAAGUUAAUUUUCAGUUCCUGCACUAUUUUCUGCUGUGUUGUUUUCAUCUAUUAAAAACUAUAAUUACAUCGAGCGUCAAGGACCGAGAAGUCUGUUAUACACCUGAACAGAUGUGCGUUCCUUGUUAAAACAGCACUUUUAGUAUUUUACAGUAAUCACAACCUUCAGACUUGAGGUCUGAUUAUUGUCAACGAUAUAUACAGUACAUACAUUUGAGAAAAAUACUGAUUUUUUUUAAAAUUGCUGACUAUGUAAUUUUUAUUUGCAUUAAAACUACUUAAAAGGUAGCAACAGUCUGGGGAAGCAGCGGCUGAAGAUUCCAAACUUGGUGAAAUGCCAAUAACGACGAGAAGACGGAGAGAUCGAUAAACAAAUUAUCUGUAUCCCUGUGUAAUGACCUAUUUGUCAAUACCAUUUAUACACUGCGCUGUAGUUGAGAGAUCAGUAAAAUCUGUGUGACCUUCAGUGAUUUGAGUAAUAAAUCGAUAAUUCCCUGCGAAGCCCUGCAGUGUUUUUUUUUGUUAAAAGAGACUGGUGUCCAUUUGUCCAGGUCUGAUUCACUUUGCUGUGGGACUUGUAUGUGCCCAGGAUGGUUGAGGUCGGUAGGAGGCGCUCAGAGCACAUAGCCCAGUGAGCACACAGCCUCUCGGGUGCAGCAAUGAAUCGCUGAGCCUGUGGGCGGACUGGCCUCUGUGAUUGACAGCGCGACUGGCUUUCCCAGCAAGCCGCACUCAUUCACCACUGAUUCCUGACCAAGUGCCAGAGCGAUCGAGAGAGCAGUGUGAGCUCAACACUGGAAUAAGACGAGGCGAGGCGAGGGGAAGUGGUCAACGUUAACAAUAUGGAUAUCUCGGUGUUUUUGUACUGCUUCUUCCCGCUCACCUUGGCUGUUGAAGAAAUGCUUAUGGAUUCAAGAUUGGCAACAGCUGAAUUGGGAUGGACUGCAUACCCAGAUUCUGGGUGGGAAGAAGUAAGUGGAUAUGAUGAUGCAAUAAAUCCUAUUCGCACAUACCAGGUCUGUAAUGUGAUGGAAGCAAACCAGAAUAAUUGGCUUCGAACUACUUACAUAGAACAUAACGACGUUCAGCGAGUAUAUGUAGAGAUGAAAUUCACUGUGCGGGACUGCAACAGCAUACCAAAUAUCCCAGGUUCCUGUAAGGAAACUUUUAAUUUAUUUUACUAUGAGUCUGACACGGACUCAGCAACAGCAUCUACUCCAUUGUGGAUGGAGAACCCUUACAUAAAAGUGGACACCAUUGCGCCAGAUGAGAGUUUUUCCAAACUGGAGUCUGGUAAAGUCAACACAAAGAUCAGAAGCUUUGGCCCAUUAUCUAAGAAUGGAUUCUACCUAGCAUUUCAGGAUCUGGGCUCAUGCAUGUCACUCAUUUCCCUGCGUGUGUUCUACAAGAAAUGCCCAUCUGUGAUCGCAAAUUUUGCAGUUUUUCCAGAAACUGUUACUGGAGCAGAACCUACAUCACUUGUGAUUGCUCCAGGCAUCUGUCUCAGUAAUGCUGUGGAAUUGUCUGUCCCCCUAAAACUGUACUGUAAUGGAGAUGGUGAGUGGAUGGUACCUGUUGGAGCUUGUACUUGUGCUGCUGGAUAUCAACCUGCUAAACAGGAGACUGCUUGCCAAGCUUGUAGCCCAGGAACAUUCAAAUCCAAACAAGGGCAUGAACCCUGCGCACUUUGCCCAUCUAACAGCAGGGUCAACUCUGAAGCAGCCACUAUCUGUCAGUGCAAGAAUGGAUUCUAUCGAGCGGACAGUGACCAGCCCGAGAUGGGAUGCACAAGUGUACCUUCUGCUGCACAGAAUGUUAUUUCAAAGGUGAAUGAGACCUCUCUGAGUUUGGAAUGGAGUGAGCCACAGGAUAUUGGUGGCCGUGAUGACCUGCUCUAUAAUAUCAUCUGCAAGAAGUGCAGUGUCGAAGGCAAAAUCUGCUCCAGAUGUGAUGACAAUGUUGAGUUUGUCCCACGACAGCUGGGCCUGACGGAAAGGCAUGUGUUUAUCAGCAAUCUUUUGGCUCACACCAGAUAUACAUUUGAAAUCCAAGCAGUAAAUGGAGUCUCCAGCAAGAGUUCACUUCCUCCUCAGUUUGCAGCAGUUAAUAUUACUACGAAUCAAGCUGCUCCUUCUCCUGUGCUUAUGGUGCAUCUACUGAGUGCCACAUCAAAUAGCAUGACUCUAUCAUGGCUUGCACCUGAAAAACCCAAUGGCAUAAUCCUGGACUAUGAGCUGAAAUAUCGUGAAAAGGACCAAGAUGAAUCAACAGCGUCGACCAUUACAAGUCAGAAAAACACAAUUCGCAUUGAAGGGUUAAAACCAUCUGCUUCUUAUGGAGUUCAGGUGCGAGCCAGGACCGUGGCUGGAUAUGGAAAGUACAGCGAAACUGUAGAUUUCCAGACUCUGAUGGAAAAUGAGAGUGGGAAAAGCAUCCAAGAACAAUUGCCCCUGAUUGUAGGUUCAGCCACUGCAGGCCUGGUAUUUAUUGUAGCUGUGCUUGUGAUUGCAUUUGUGUGCAUCAGAAAACGUGGAAGUGGUUCAGAGUCAGAAUACACUGAGAAACUCCAGCAGUACAGCACCGGCCACAUCACACCAGGAAUGAAGGUUUAUAUUGACCCUUUCACCUAUGAAGAUCCCAAUGAGGCUGUCAGAGAAUUUGCCAAGGAAAUUGAUGUAUCCUGUGUAAAAAUUGAAGAAGUGAUUGGAGCAGGUAGACCAAAAGGUGAAUUUGGGGAAGUAUGUAGAGGACGCCUUAAACUUCCAGGACGAAGGGAGAUCUUUGUAGCAAUAAAAACACUUAAGGCUGGUUAUACAGAAAGACAGCGAAGGGAUUUCUUAAGUGAAGCCAGUAUUAUGGGACAGUUUGAUCACCCAAAUAUUAUCCAUUUGGAGGGAGUGGUCACUAAAAGCCGUCCAGUCAUGAUUGUUACUGAGUUUAUGGAGAAUGGUGCCUUGGAUUCCUUCCUCCGGAUGAAUGAUGGACAGUUCACAGUCAUCCAGCUGGUCGGCAUGUUAAGAGGAAUUGCAGCUGGGAUGAAAUAUUUGUCAGAAAUGAACUAUGUGCACAGAGAUCUGGCAGCCAGGAACAUUCUGGUCAACAGUAAUCUUGUGUGCAAAGUGUCAGAUUUUGGUUUGUCGAGAUUCCUGGAAGAUGAUCCAACUGAUCCAACCUACACAAGUUCAUUGGGCGGCAAAAUUCCAAUCAGGUGGACAGCUCCUGAAGCAAUUGCUUAUCGCAAGUUCACUUCGGCCAGUGAUGUUUGGAGUUACGGAAUAGUCAUGUGGGAAGUGAUGUCAUAUGGUGAGAGACCAUACUGGGACAUGUCAAAUCAAGAUGUUAUUAAUGCUGUGGAACAGGACUAUCGUUUGCCACCUCCAAUGGAUUGCCCAACUGCCCUACAUCAGUUGAUGUUGGACUGCUGGGUAAAAGACCGUAACAACCGACCUAAGUUUGCUCAGAUUGUAAACACGCUGGACAAGCUUAUUCGCAAUGCAGCUAGCUUGAAAGUCGUCUCUAUUGCAAAUCCAGGCCCUUCCCAGCCUCUUUUGGAUCGUACUGUUCCUGACUACACCACAUUCACCACAGUGGGAGACUGGCUAGAUGCAAUUAAAAUGGGUCGAUACAAGGAGAAUUUUAUUAAUGCUGGGUUCACCUCUUUCGACUUGGUUGCGCAGAUGACAGCAGAAGACUUGCUGAGGAUAGGAGUUACAUUGGCUGGACACCAGAAGAAGAUUCUCGGCAGCAUUCAGGACAUGAGAUUACAGAUGAACCAAACGCUUCCAGUGCAGGUCUGACAGCAAGGCACUCUGGAAUUAAUUAAGAUUGAAGUCAAGUAGGAUAAUUGUGUGCAGUGCCUGACUUCCAGUUUUUCCUGUGUGGAGCACCUAGUUCUAUUGUUUCAAGUCAACCCUCAGUUCAAGGAUAAUUGUAGCAUGAAUUGAAAAAUAUCUGAAAGGGCUCCAAAAAGGAACACAGUCUGAAAAUAGUUAUCUUGGCUUUUGGGCAAUUGGUUUCUGUCAUGGGAUUUUUACUUCUUUUGCACCAAACCUGUGACGAUAUCAAAGACUUUCAAAAGCUGCCACAGAAGGCAAGUUCUGCCCAGAAGUCAGUAUAUUAUUAAGUCUUCAUAUUGAAGAUGUAUUAUUUAAAAUCUAUGUAUCAAGAUACCACAUGAGAUAUUGGAUCAUAGAUUUGAUAUUCCACUUGUGUUCCAUUCCUUCAGAGCACCAUCGAUGAAAAGAAAGAAAGAAGUUGAACAAUUCUGUAUAUAGAGUGAUAAUCUAGUCUCUGAGUUAGUUCCUAUUUCUCAACUUGCAAUAAAACCAGAUUGGAAUAAUAAUGGAAUGCCUUCAAGGUGUGCUUGCACCUUUUGGUUCAGAAUGACCUUUCUUCACAACUUCUGUGGCACUUGAGUAUUGAAUACUGGCAUCAGGAUAAUUAUAUCGUGAGAUGGAAGUGAAAGGAAACAUGCCUAGCUAUCAUGAAUACAAGAUUGAAGUUGAAGUUACCGGGUGUUCUUUUAAUUUAUGGUUACGCUAAGUAAAUGAAUGACUGGAUGCAUUGGCUAUCCCUGCGUACCGACAAGGGAAGGAUAUGCUGUGCACAAAAGGCAUGAAGCAGUUCUUAUAGUGUUCAACCAAAUAACACCUGGAAAAAGAUGGAUGACAAGACUUUCAUCAAUAAAUUGAUUCUGAUUCAAAACUGCUGUAAUGCAGGACAGAAUCUUCAUUCUGGACUUUAUUAUUGGGGUUCCUUUGGCUUCCAGCUGAAAUUUGUGAAAUUGUCACCCAUGGGAACACAGUUGUGUGGAACAUUCUGAAUUGCAAAAGCAGAUGCCGAAACACCAAAAUGAUUUAGAACCUUUAACUGUGAGAGCUGUCAAGAAAAAGAAUAACUCUACAUGACCGAAGAAACUUCAUGGCCAUCUGUUUAAUCAAGUGCUGUUAAAUUUUGUUGUCAUUGCCAAAAGAAAGGAAAUUUUAUUUUUUCUAAAGAACAGAUAAAACCUUUGUAAACAAUAGAGUGCAAAGAGUAAUUGUGACACAAAAUAUGGAAAAGGCAAUAAGCGUUUUUAAUUUAGGUUGUAUUACAGUAAAUCAUUUCUUAGCUCAUCUCCAAACCUCCCCUUACUUAAUAUUCCAAGAAGACAUUGGCAGAGGAGACUGUAUAUUUGUACAUACUUUUAGAUAUUUUCCUUUGUUAAUGUGUGGGCUUUAACCAAUAAAUACAGAUUGUGUAUAUUUUGCCACUCUAAAUGGCACGUACCUAUAUUGUAUAUAGACAAGGCAAAAUGUGCAGAAUGAUACAGUUAAAUUUUGAUGUUCUGCAAUCCUCAUUCACAAAAGUAGACCAUUAAUUCCAAAUUGUUCUGUAAAAUAACAAUGUUGUAAAAAAUAAUUUUGAACUAUUCGUUGUGAUAGGUCAUUCAGUAGUAGUUCACAGUACCUGCUCGACAUCUGUGACUAACAAAAUACAUUUGGUUAUGUUGCUGUGAAUUUGGUGCAAGCUUUAAUAAUGUGGCCCACCAUUUCUUCUCAAGUAAUCUUUCUACAUAGUACUUCUGUAAGAGCCAUACAGUGGCUAAUCUUUUGUAGAAAAACCUAAUGGCUGUCUUCCAGUCACUUUGGAAAACAUACCUGUAUAGUAUUUUGCAAACUUUUUAAAAUAUUGAGAUGUAUUUAAUGGUGAAAAAGAUGCAUUCUUGCAUUUGUAGAAAUAUUUUUAAAAAACCUUUUGCAAUUAAAUUAUUUAAGAAGUUUAUGGUAUUCCCUGAGCUUGUUCUUUUGUGCAUCAAAUUCAGUGCCAUUCCUUGUAUUCAAAGUUGGCAGUUGGUUAAUAUAAUGUUUUAUGGUAAUGUCAAUCUGUUGGAGACAUCCUGAGUUAAGAAUAGAGUUUGUUUUACAAUGCACCUGAUUUUAAGUGAGUAACUAAAAAUGAGUCAUAGUGGCCUGAAGCAAUUCUGUAAUAGAGUGAAAUGACAAAGUCUAAUGAAAAAAUAAAGUUUAUAUUAAAAUUUCAAAA